AAUUUUUUCUUUAUUACAGAAUUAUAUGCUCUUUAUACAACUUGGAAGUAUUAUAGAAAUAUUUAAUGUAGGCAUUGACAACCCCUUAAAAUCCUAACAGAUAAUCAACAUUGAUACAUGGGUAUUGUAUGGCCAUCGUAUUACAUGGCCAUAAAUUUUAAGAUAUCUUAAAUAUCAUAAGAGCUGUUUUAAUACUUUCUUUCACUUAAUAAAAUGAUGCCUUGAACAAAUAUUUCUGUAGUCAUUCUUGAGUCUUUUGACAAAGCAUAAAAUUUAAGCUCCAUUAUCUGUAUCUAUAAAAAUGGCAUUUAUAAGAAAAUAAAACUAAUAGGUACUCAGGACCAUCUGAGAAAACCCACUCUCCUUGCUGCUCUAAUUGAAUACCAGAAAGCAUAUAUCCUGUAGUAUACCUUACAGGUAACUUGUAAUUACUUAAAAUAAAGGUUCUCUUUACUUUCGUCCUGUGCCCUUUCCAUAAUCCUAUUUCAAUAAGAAAACUAUAAUCUUGCUAAGGAAGCCCAUUUCCCAUGUUUUAUGAGAGGCAGGGGGCAUAAGAAAUGGAAACGUUUUAUUGGCCUAGACAAGCUCACUUCAAAUGGGGCAGCUGGAGAAUGUGGAUGGAAAGGUGCUAGGUUAGAUGCUGUGGUUUUCACUGCCGCUUUCCUCCCCGCAGGUGAUUGUGGAGAAGGCUCCCAAGGCCAGGGUGCCUGACCUGGACAAGAGGAAGUACCUGGUGCCCUCGGACCUCACCGUUGGCCAGUUCUACUUCUUAAUCCGGAAGAGGAUUCACCUGCGGCCUGAGGACGCCUUGUUCUUCUUUGUCAACAACACUAUCCCUCCCACAAGCGCUACCAUGGGCCAGCUGUAUGAGGACAACCAUGAGGAAGACUAUUUCCUGUACGUGGCGUACAGUGAUGAGAGCGUCUAUGGGAAGCAUGAAACCACCAAUUAUUUUCAGAAACUGGCCCAGUUUGUCCUUGAAUGGCUCUGAGUCCAGGUUGUCACUUCCGCACCGCCCUGAGUAAUCAAGUAUUUGCUUCCUGUCCCUGGCCUGCCCCCCAACUCCCACUGCCCCUUAGUAUCCCUACACAUUACAGGGCUACGUCUGCAAUUUGGGCGACACCAGCUUGUAGCAAACUAUCCCAUGGAUGACUCAGCUUCAGAGCUUGUUCUUCUCAACUGUUUUGAUACAUGCUUCAAAACAAAACAGAAACAACCCCAAAACAUAAACAUUAGAGUCUCUGUCCCAAAAGUUGUGAGAGACUGAUGAUGUCAGCCUCAUUUGUCUUGUUCUGUUAUAGACUUGCUUUUGCUUUUUUUCCCUCUUAUGCUUAACAGUUGUGGGCACUUUUGUACUUUAUAAAUACAUACGACCAGAUGAUUUCCAAAGUUGGAAGUAACCAGAAGUGGUCACACCUAAAGGUUGAUGGUGUUUCAGAUGGCUAAUGUGCAGGUGUGAUUUAUUUCAACAGUGAUUGAUGGAAGACUGAAGUCAUUCUGUGUAUAUAUUCAAUAUCAUGGUAGACCAUUUGCUUUGACAGUUAGGUAUUUAUUUAAGAUCCCUAUGACUUUCCUGGAGAGGUACUUAGCACCUAAAACAUGCAUAAAAUGAUCUUGACCUCUUGGAUGGAGCAUUUUCUAAUUUUUACACUUCUAAGCAGGCUCAGUUGGCUCACAUCAUUCAGUGAAAGCUUUGUGGGUGACGUAUUGCUCAGCAUUCAAGGAACAGUAACAGUAGCUCCCUGUUAGAUGCUCACAUGGGCCAAGUCCCUUCCAGUCUCAGCUCACCUGUCCUCUCAGGCUCCAUUGGUAUUUCAGCAACCACGAUCCAUUCCUGGCUCUCCCACUGUAUCCCACCUUGCUCUGCUUUGUCUUUCACUUAGCACUGGUCACCUUCUAACAUUUUCUUAAGGCUUCACACUAGAAUGUAAGCUCCACAGAGCAGAAGCUUUGUUUGCUCAUUGACACAAACUGGUUACAACAAUGCCUGACAGAGUUGUUGCUCAAAAAUUAGUGAAAGCAUGGUAGCUUCUGAUAGGACAGAUGAUAUCAGUUCAAGGACUAGGUAAUUCCGUUAAGAACUAAACAUCCAUAACAGCACAAGUUACAGAAGGACCAGUCAAGGGAACUUUGGGAACUCUUGGAGCUUACAAGAAAGAUCUGGAGGCAGGAAACAGCUUGAAUCCCAACACUGCCAUGUAACUGGCUCUGAGUUGGGCCAGUUUUUCUUCUGAUCAAAUGAAAAUCUGAGUUUCCUGUCAGAUUGAGUGAUAAUUACGUUAUAUGAUGUGAGUAUUGAAUAAAUCCUUCGCAAACCAUUGAAUAGUGUUAAUUCAAAUUCAGGAUAUGGCAAGAGUCACUGAAAAUGAAGAGGCAUGUCUUGAAUGGGAUGUCUCUAAGGAUAGAUAGUCCUUAGAUGAUGGAAAUUGCAGAGACGGUUCUUUUCCUUUUGGAAAAACCCCCAAAUGGCAAAUCCCUCCAGCAGCCACACUUCUAAAAUACCUACGACUGAGCAAGAAGGAGAAUUUAAGAAGAAGCAAAGAGAACAACCUUUAUAAGCCAAUUAUGUAUAAAUCACUGUGCUAAGUAAUGUUCUCUCACUGAAUCUUGGGAAAUAAACUCUAGGGUGAAUAUUUUAAUUCAGUGUGACUGAUAAAUAGGAGGAAGAAAGGUUAACUUUUCCAAGUCAAAGAGCUAACGUUGAGCUAUAUAGCUAGGUUCAAACUCGGGUCCAAUUGCAAAUCUCGUGCCUGGGUCUUCACCAUGGUCAAAGCAGAUUAGGGCCUUUUAGUGAUUACAUGUGAAAGUUUGAUCACAUUAAAGACUGCAGCUAUAAAGCAUUCCAGCUUCUCUUUGUGAUGGUGCCCUUCCUAUAACUGAGUUGCUUCUGUUUGCUAUUUACAAACGCAGUGGUCAUUUCACACCUCAGACCCUUUUCUUAUGCUGCCCUCUACCCAGAGGGCCUUUCCCUCCCUGCCUACUGUGCUCUCUCCAGGAGCAGCACCUCUAUGAGGAUUAGCUAAAAGGACAAGUAACCAUAAAAUGGAGUAGCUUAAAGGAGAUACUCAUUCCAUGCUCGUGUAAAAAAGUCCAGGUUUGAUACCAUGGUGCAAUUAUAAAUUAGUGAAUGCUUAAUGUGCCAAUUACCUAGUAAUAACAGCAUUAACAUUUCUAAAUUCCAAGGGCCAAGUUGAUUACUAGCAUAAGAGAUUGUGUUAGUUUUAUGAAUAUAAUGCUAAUUGCCCCACUCUUUCCUUCUUUGCUAAAAAUGUUAUAAUGGACCUAAAAUGGGUGGGAAUUAAAAAUAGUACUUUGAA